AUGUGUCACACCAGCUGCUCUUCAGGGUGCCAGCCAUCCUGCUGUGUGUCCAGCUCCUGCCAGCCAUCCUGCUGUGUGUCCAGCCCUUGCCAGCCAUCCUCCUGUUGUGUGCCUGUGAGCUGCAGGCCCACUGUGUGCAUGGCUCCCUCCUGCCAGUCUUCUGUGUGUGUGCCUGUGAGCUGCCGGCCUGUCUGUGUGACCUCCUCCUGCCAGUCAUCUGGAGGCUGCCAACCAUCCUGUCCAACUGUAGUCUGCAGACCUGUGACCUGUAACCCCUCCUGCUGCUGA